GGAACCCAGGCCUGUAGCGUAGGUUAACGUGGACAAAGAGUAACCAGCACCUCUUACCCGCGCGCACGCUCCAAAUUCUUCCUCAGUCGGUCAAGCCGCCAGUGGAGAGCAAGUCACAGAUCAUGCCGACACCCGGUUCUCCUUUUGGCCGCGGAAACCCUAGCUCCGGCGGAUCAAGGACGCCGAAUGAUCGUGACCCGUCGAGGAGCCCGCUCUAUUCCGUUAAUCCGUCCGCCGACGACAAAUCUUCAUCCGCCAGCCGCAAUCCCUUUGCCGUUGCUGUGAGGUUCGUGGGCGCAUGCUUCGCUCCGACCAUGGGCAGAUCGACCAACGAGAUUUUCUCCGAUGGCUUCAAGUCUGGUUCCCAAACAUCAGCUUCGGGAAGUAAUAACGGAAGCUUUCAAGGCAAGGUAAGGAGGUUGUCAGCAAGUGGGAUCUACAGCAGUUCAUCUCAGAGUGAGCCUGGAGGUAUGCGGUUUACCAUGGCAGAAAUUAACAAGGCUACAAAGAACUUCUCCCCUUCUUUGAAAGUUGGCCAGGGUGGAUUUGGAACGGUGUACAAGGGAAAGCUUGAUGACGGCAUGCUUGUUGCAGUGAAACGUGCCAAGAAGAGUAUGUAUGAUAAACAAAUGGGGACGGAAUUCCAAUCUGAAGUUCAGACUUUGGCAAGAGUAGAGCAUUUGAAUUUGGUUAGGUUUUUGGGAUAUUUGGAGUUUGAUAAUGAGAGGAUUCUUGUAGUUGAGUAUGUGCCUAAUGGAACUCUUAGAGAACAUCUUGACUGCUUGCAUGGAGAUUGCCUUAAUCUUGCGGCACGCCUGGAUGUAGCAAUAGAUGUUGCUCAUGCUGUGACUUAUCUCCAUAUGUAUGCAGAUCAUCCUAUCAUUCACAGAGACAUUAAAUCUUCUAACAUUCUUCUCACUGAAAAUUUUCGAGCUAAAGUUGCGGAUUUUGGCUUUGCACGUCUUGGUGCAACUGAGAUAGAUGCCACCCAUGUUUCAACCCAAGUAAAAGGAACCGCUGGGUAUCUUGACCCUGAAUAUCUCAAAACAUAUCAACUCACGGAGAAAAGUGAUGUAUAUUCCUUUGGGGUACUACUGGUGGAAUUGAUAUCAGGAAGGCGCCCAAUCGAGCCUAAAAGGGAUGUCAAAGAGCGUCUCACUCCCAGAUGGGCAAUGAAAAAGUUCAUGGAUGGAGAUGCCAUUCAAGUACUAGAUCCAAAUCUUCCUCAGACCCCAGCAGCCACUCUUGCCUUGGAGAAAAUCCUGGAGCUCUCUCUUCAAUGCCUUGCUCCAACCAGACAGAGCAGGCCUAGUAUGAGAAUGUGUGCUGAGAUUUUGUGGAGCAUUCGCAAGGAUUUCAGAGAACUAUGGUCUUCAGAUGAACUCUCCCAGACCUCUCAGGUAAAGUCUUCUCUGGAGUAAAAGAUCUGAACCAUUCAUUUGGGCCUUUUGAAGUAAAUUCUUUUGUGUCUUUCUAGCUGAUUGGAGGUUUGUAUAUUGUGUGAUUUAAUAUGUAUAGUUCUAGUUGAUAAAUGUGCACACCCAUAAGUAAUUCUUUUAUAUGUGAUCAAAAUUUUUAGUUAAAAUAAUCUCACAGUUCUUCUCAGUGGAAGAUUGAUGAGCAUAUAUAUUAUAGGGUGAACAGAGCAUUUCUGUAUAUUUCAUGUGUAUUUUGAUUAAUAUUUCUAUUGAGAAUGCUUAUGCCUGUGAAUAUUAGUAUGUUCA